ACUGUGUAGAGAUGUCCGUCGCCUGUCUCCCCCGCGUGUGUGAGGAAUGGAGGUUUUUCCACUGCUUGCGCUUCGAAUCAGGCUUGUGAUCCAGAAGCUCAAACGCGCCGCGCUCAGGCUUAAAGGAAAGAAGAAGAGGAAGAGAUCCACAGAGCAGAGAAUCCAGCCGGCUAGAAGAACACCCAAGGAAAUCAAGAGAGAAUAUGGAUUUGAGGAUUCUCCAGCAGCGAAGGCCAGAGCUGCUCUAGCAGAGCGCCAGGAGAAGCUCAAGAGGGUAGAGGACAAGGCCCAAGCACUACACAGCAAUUCGGAGAACUUCGCCGCGACGGCGAGAGAGCUGGAGAAGAUGAUGGCCUCUCGCAAAUGGUGGCAAGUUUAGAAAGAUUGAUCGUUCGUUCGUUAGCUCUUCGUCAAACAAACAAAAGAACUAGGCUCGAUCGAUUUUGAUGAUCGAGUAGUUCGCGUAGUUCUUUCUAGAAUCCACCUCGCUAAAGCAAUGAGAGGGAGGGACGUGGACGCGCGCUUGUAAAUCUCGUUGAUCGAUUCGAAAGUGACAAGAUCGGCUUUAGAUUUCCCACCAU